AUGAGCAAUGCACGCCAAAGAGAACUGAUCAGGGAGUUCCUGGCGGUGACCAGCGCGACGAGCGCGGCCGCAGAGACAUACCUCGAGCGCAACCAUUGGUCGCUGGACCACGCACUGGACGACUUCUACACGCAGAGCGGGGGCGGCGGGCGCGCGGAGCAGUACAGCGCGGAGCUGGUGGCCACUUUUGAGCGCUACGCUGCGGGCGGCGCGAUGGACACGGAGGCGCUGGUGCGCUACGUGGGCGAUCUGGGGUUCCAACUCGAGGACGUCGCGACACUGUGCCUGGCGCGCCUGCUGAAGGUCGAGGAGCUUACGGCGGACAUCUCGCGCUUCCAGUUCCUGUCGACGUGGCACGGACUGGGCUGCAGCUCGCUGCCGGACAUGCGCGCGGCUGUGGACGCGCUAGAGCUGCGCUUGCGCACCGACGCAGCCUACUUCCGCGCGCUGUACGCCUACACCUUCGGCCUCGGGCUGGACGCCGGCGGCCGUCGUCUGUCCGUGGAGACCGCGAUUGCGUACUGGUCGCUGUUCUUCCUGGACCACACCUAUGCCGUCACUGUACCCGCCCCGCGCCUGCGCUCCUGGUUCGAGUUCCUGCGCGCGGGCGACCACAGCGUUAGCCGCGAUACCUGGGACAUGUUUCCGCGCUUCGCGCAGCGCUUCCCGGACGACACAGAGCUCCUGGAACACUACAACGAACUGGCGUCCUGGCCUCUGGUAAUCGACGAGUACUACGAGUGGGUCAAGGGCCGCAACCAGCUGUAA